AUAAUACCCCAUGUUCUCACACAUAUUAUAAUUAUGAACAUUCCUUUUUCAUAAGGUUAAAUAAUUCUUGGUAUAAUUCCAAAUGUAAACAAGUUAUUUGUCUUGACUAUGUGACAACCUUACAAUUUUUUUUUGCAUCUUCUCUGGGCAGCCAAGAUGAUUUUAGAUACAACAACGAGCAAGGUGGUCUGAUUAUUUAUAUCAGCUUCUAUAUAAAUUGGGUAGAUUUUUCUUUCAUUUGAUACUUUCGAUAUCAUGUUGAAUAUUCAACUACAAAAGAAAUAUUAAGAAAUGCUCAAACUUUUGCUAUUACAGUGGGUUUUAUGUGGAGCAGUAUUUGCAACUGCGUCGCCGGGGUAUUUUAGUUUAGAAAUACAUCCGAGUCAUGUCUCUAGAGAUGUGUUUGGAAAAAGGGAUGCUGUAGAUAUGUCCCUAAAAGACGACAAGCAAUCCCAAAUGUUGACUGAACUUCAGAUCGGUUCAAACAGAGAUAGAGUUACGGUGGACGUUGACACAGGUUCAAGCGUAUUAUGGGUCAUGGAUUCCAAUGGUGCGUGUAAGACAAGCCCACUUACCGGCAAAGUCCCAGAUUGUAAAGCUCAUGGAACAUUUUCAUUUCAGGGGUCUGAAACUUUCAAUAAAACAGAGGAAUCAUUUCACAUGGAAUACGCCGAUAAAGAAUCCGCAGAUGGCUUCUAUGUUAAAGAUGACAUUUCUCUUGGUAAAGAUGUCGUUGUUAAAGGGUUUGGUUUUGGACUCGCUGAUGGAGCUUCGCUGGAGGUAGGAAUCUUAGGGAUAAGUUUCCCAAGGGUAAAUUCGACUGGCCGUUCUUUUCCCGUGGAAUUGAAAAAUCAGGGGAUAACCAACAGAAGUGCAUAUUCAAUAUUUUUGAAUAAACCUAAUAAAACUGGAUCAGUCCUAUUCGGAGCAGUUGAUCAUUCGAAAUAUUUAGGAGACUUACAAACAGUUCCCAUUGUCUAUAAUGAAACUGAGCCACAUAUUAGAGUGAAUGUUUUGGGAAUAGAUAUUAAUAUCAAUGAUGCCAAAGUGUCUGGAGGUAUUUCCGAAUCAGCAUUUGUUUUGGAUACAGGAACCACUACAUCACUGUUCCCCAAGCUGUUUUUAGAAACAUUGUUGGGACAAAUAAAAGGAGCCGGAUAUAUCGAUUCUAACGGAGUAUUUGGUUCUCCUGAUUGCUCUCAAGUACAAAAUCUAAAAUUUGAGAUUAAAUUUGAUGGUAAGACAAUCACAGUUCCGGCAAAAAGCUUAGGUUAUACGGAAGUUCACGACAGCACAGGUGAUGCAUGUGGUUUUAGAAUCAAUUUUAAUGAUGAUCUCUUAAUUUUGGCAAUGGAUGUAUUAAGAAGCAUAUAUUUUGUGGUUGAUUUAGGUGACAAAGAAGUAUCCUUAGCACAAUCAGAUUUCAGUCAAGGAAAUCAAGAUAUUGAGGUAUUCCCACCUCCUGGUGUGAACAGAACCUUAGCUUCCAGAGGAAGAUCUGAACACCAGGAAUCCUCAGACACACCUGAAGAGAAAGCAUCCUCAGCCAACUCGAUCGUUUCUUCCAUCGACGUUUUACUCUGUUUAGCUAUUUUGUUGACCUGGCUACUUUAAUGUGAUUGUAACCAGGCUGAUUUUUUUUACAUAUUUGUUUUAUAAAUUAACAAUUACUUUAAUU